CCGAACGGAGCAAAUGAUUUUUAACAAAUUUCAUUAACAUCAGAGGUCCGUAAUCAUUCAAGCAUCGCGUUUCGUAACUGGCCUGACGAUACCUUUCACGCUGGCCACUCUCAGCCAUUCGAAAGACUCCCGAUGCACAUUUACCUGCAGUUCACCUGACGCGACCUCAAAUAACAUUCAUAAAACUGCGUGAAAAGUGUCCUCAAAAGCAACUCAAACAAACCGUGAUUCAAUUUAAAACUAACAAAAUUAGAACGGAAUUAUAAGUCGGUUCAGACCUGUGGACAGUUUGUGCUUGUGGACAUUUGGUGGCUGCGAGAAACCACCAAAAUGAUCGACGAACAGCAUCCCAUGCAAAUUGGCCUAUUUCCAAUGGACAUCAAAUGUCAACAGCAGCAUCACCAACACCAGCACCACCCACAGCAGCAGCAGCAGCAUGUAACUGGAGCUGGACACACGCAGCAGCCGGCCGCAGGACCCAUUGCAAUGGGGCACAAUCAACUGCUGUUGCACGGAAAUGAGCGCAUGUUAACAAUACCAGCAGCAGCAGCAACAACUACAACAGCAGCAACAACAGCAACUGCGUCCUGUCAGCCAACAGCCAGCAAGACAGCAGCAGGAGCAGCAGCAGGAGCCGCCAACUCCCACAAUGACAAAAUGGCGUCAGCCAGCCGAAAUGUCAACGGAAGUUGUAUCAACCACAGCAGCAGCAUGGCCACCGCACAACAGCAAGCUCUGACGAUGACAAUGGCUAGACAGGGACCGGGGCCGGGUCCGCCAAUGCAGCUGAGCCAACGCGUCACCUUGGGCGAAUGCAGUCUCAAUGACUUGGAUGGCUUUUCAGCGUCGACGGCGCCGCCGACAUCCUCAACAGCACCGCACACACCGCAAGCGCCUCAGCUUCAGCAGCAGCACACGGUCAUGGGCAUGGCCAUGGGCGGGGAUUUGGCCAUGGGCAUGGGCAUUAGCAUGGGCCCAGCGCUCAACCAGUGCACCUACUGCUGCCAGCCAAUUUGUGAUCGUUAUAUCAUGCGAGUGGUGGACAACUCGUUUCACGAGGGUUGCCUCAAGUGCACCGCCUGCUCGCUGCAUCUGGUACACUCCUGCUAUGCGCGGGACGGCAAGCUCUACUGUCGCAUUGACUACGAAAGACUCUACUUGCGUAAUCGUUGCCUUGGCUGCGGCCAUAAGAUUGCCGCCGAUGAACUUGUGAUGCGCUCGCAAGAGAAUAUCUUCCAUCUGAAGUGCUUUGCCUGCGUCGUCUGUGGGGCGCUGCUCAAGAAGGGCGAGCAGUACGUGGUCAAGCAGGGACAGCUCUUCUGCCGCUUCGACUACGAGAAGGAGGUGGAGAUGCUACAGGGCUAUGAUUAUUAUGGCGAUGACCUGUUCCCACCUAAAAUGGAUGGACGACGAGGCCCCAAACGACCACGUACCAUACUGAAUACCCAGCAGCGGCGUGCCUUCAAAGCGUCCUUUGAAGUAUCACCCAAGCCCUGUCGAAAGGUGAGAGAGAAUCUAGCCAAGGACACAGGCCUGAGUCUAAGGAUUGUACAGGUUUGGUUUCAAAAUCAGCGCGCCAAAGUUAAGAAAAUACAGAAAAAGGCUAAACAGGAGCCGCCUGCAAAGGGUGUCAGCGAUUCGCACUCACAGGACUCGCAGGAGUCGCAUGACAGCAGCUUGACAACCAAAAUCAAGGAUGAAGCGCACAGUGAUAGCGAGUCGCAACAGGAGUCGCCAUUCUCCACAAACUCUGACGGACUGACGAGGCUGCGUUGCAACAUCAAGGACGAACAGGAGCAGGGCACUCUAAGCUGCAUGGAAACCAACAAGGAAAACUGCAACAAGAACAGUGAGCCCAUCCUGAACACCAUCCUUGGCCUGAGCUAUGCCACAUUUCAGCAGCUGAUGGGUCCCUUUACGCAAACGCCAAUGAUCAAUCCGAUCGAUCGGCUUUAUAGCAUGCAGAGCUCCUAUUUCAGGCCCGAGGAGCUGGGCGCCUACGGCGAAUGCGGCGGUGGCAGCAGCAAGGAAUCCAUGGACCACUAGUCUCGCCUGCAGAUUGCAACAAUUUUAAGCCAAAAUCAAAAUUAGUAUUUGUAAAAUAAACAAAAUGUUAAUGUGCUAGAAACUCGCUUGAGAUAGUGGUGCGGAACCGUUCGCCAAAUGCAGCAGCACGUGCAGGACCCAAACCCGAGCACGAGCACGAUCC